CGUGAACGACGUCCGCCAUGACAGCUGCGCCCGUACGUUUGGCAUUGAUGACGUGACGUAGCAGCGGUCCGAGUGGGGCGGGGCUUGUAAACAAAUCGAAAUAAAGGGUCGUGCAGAGAUAGUCGCAAGAGUAAUUCCCUUUCUCUUGGACCAAAACAGUGAGAGGUUUGGUGUGAUGCCGAUUCGCCGAGCAGCAGCGACUCCUAGUCAGGAGAAGCCCCCCACCGCUGCACCAGCAGAGAAAGAGCCUGUGGCCGCUGCAGAGGAGUCACCCUCAACUGAUGAGGAGCAGGCCGAACCUUCAGCAACAGCACCUGAAGGUGAGAAGAAUGCAGAGGCGGGUGAGUCCAAGCCUGUAGAGAACGGCGAGAAGGCUGUUGAUGGCGAGGGCGAGAAGGAAGGAGAAGCGACUGUGAAGAAAGGUGACAAAUGCAAGGACUGCGAGGCGGGACAGUGCGCAACACACUGCUAUGUUCUCCUACUAAGGUUAAAGGACGGCUCCAAGUAUGAGAAGGGCAAAGCCAAGAAGGUGAAAAGGACAAUUCCUGCAUGGGCUAGUGUCACUGCUAGCAAAAAGCUUCCUGUUACCAACUAUGCAGGGACUCAGCACAAAGUGGAUAACAUCCUCAUCGAGGCUGUGACGUCUUGUACAGAUAGAUCUGGCAUUUCAUACCAAUCGGUCAUGAAGUUCAUCCUGAAAAAAUAUCCUGGGAUGGAGCUAGACAAGAAGAAGUUCCUCAUUAAGAAGGCGAUGAAGAAGCAUCUGGAGAAGGGAACAAUCAAGCAGCUGAAAGGAAAAGGCCUCUCUGGAACAUUUACCAUUGGGAAGCAGCCAACAUCUACUAAAAAAACUGUACAGAAACAGGAGGCCCUGGGUGAUGCUCUCCCCCUCAUCAUCACUCGCCUCUGUGAGCCCAAAGAAGCUUCCUACACCCUGAUCAAGAAAUACCUGGAGAAACACUUCCCUGAUUUCAAUAUUGAGCGCAGGCCAGAUGUUCUGAAGUCCGCUCUGGUGAAGGCAGUCGAGAAAGGACAACUGGAGCAGAUCACUGGGAAAGGAGCCACAGGAACUUUCCAGCUGAAGCGUAACAGCAACCAGGCGUCACAGAAGGCCGGGCCCUGGGACGACGCCCUCACUGCAGCCAUCACAGCCAUGAACGAACCUAAAACCUGCAGCACCACCUCACUGCGCAAAUACCUGCUGGAUUCCAACAAGGAUGCCAAGGAGUAUCAGCUAGUGGCCAACUUGAGAAGGACCCUGACCAAGUGCAAAGUCCUUGGUUGGAUGGAGCAGAUCUCCGGGCAUGGUUUUACUGGAACCUACCAGCUUUCCUUCCCCUUCUACCCGAGCCCCACUGUCCUGUACCCGGACAAGUUUAAAGAUCCUCCGAAGAAAAACACCCCUGCCAAAAGGAGGAAAACAUCUGACUCUUCAGAUGAGGACGAAGAAUCUGAAGAAGAAGAGGAGGAAGAGUCUGAAGAUGAGGCUCCAGCUCGUAAGAAGCAAGUACAGAGAAGACCUCCCCCAAAAGCACGGCGUCCUCCUCCAGCCAAGAAACCUAAAAGCAAAGUUGUCCCCAGAAAGUCUCCAGCCAAGAAGGCAGUGGUCUCGCCCAGGAGGACGGCAGUCAAAAAGCCAGCGAAAGCCUCUCCAGUCAAAAAAGCGGCACCUGCGAGCAAGCCAAAAUCUCCUGCUGUUAAAAAGAUUGCGAAGCGACCUGCUGCCCGGGACGCGUCCUUGGAUGAGUCUGUAGAGGUGAGGGAGACGCCUCGAAGAGGUAGCAAGCGUCCCAAGUACACUGAUGAAGACGAGAACGAGUCCUCAGACGAACCUGAGGUAAAGGAGCCCCCGCGCAAGCAAACCAAGUCGCCUGCUAAAAAACAAGCACCCAAAAGCGGUUCCAAACCUGCAGAGUUGGCCCCUGCAGCCAAGAAAGGAGCAAAGGGCGCAAAGCAAUCGGGUCGCAAAAGAGGGAGAAAGUGAGCACUAUGAAGAACUGGGUCUCUGAGUUCUGUGCUCUAUUUUUUUAUUAUUGUUUUCCCUGUUUAAUGGGGCGGUAGUUCUUUUUUAUUAUUUCUAUUGUAGAAUUAUCCUACCAGUACAGGUGACUGUGCACUGAGGUCCAAGAUCUGUGUAGAAGAGCCCAGUCAAACCCAAGUGUGACACAACUGCCAGCACCAAGGAAAAAAAACACAGCGAGAUUGGACUUUCUGUUACAAGUAGUGACAUCUUUUUCUACUCACUCACUCUGUAGACGCUGGCAGCGCACACUGUACCAUCCGUGCUCCAUUUAUGGUUUUAAAAAAGUCAAGCUUAUGAUUAAUAUUCAAUGCAUCGUGUUCUUAAGUUGUCCUGUGUUCAGAGAUGAAUUAUGUAUUAAUUUAAAACCAUUCAAGUCUCCCUUAAAAUUUUGACCUGCAGGUAGUACCUAAAAGGUCAACAAUAAUUAAAACACUGUUGGUUUUUGGUUUAAAGUUUUUGUGUAUGUGUCUUUGUAAACAUACAUUUUUUUCAGUUCCACACUGCUGUAAUCAACUGCAGAAAUGUGAUGUAAUUAAGAAAAUGGAGGAUAAUAGUGGACAUAACCCUGCAUGCUUGUAUUCUCUGUGUUGUUCAGCUUUUUUCAAGGUCAUUAAUAAAAUGACUAUAUUUGUAGACUUGUUUUUUCUUGUCUUAUAUUUGUGAAAAUUAGCAAUUAAUGGCCACGAUUAUGAACUAAUUGUUGAGUUGUUUCAAUGGGUGCAUUCGGACACAGCCAGGCGGACGCAGCACCCAUCGGCGCCGAU